AUGGCGGAGAAAUUGUUGAAAAUCACCUACCAGGCCCCAGACGUGGCUGGACCCCAAAAGAAGCUGAAUGCCUACCUGAGAAUGCCUUCUCAGAAUUUCAACAUAUUGCGUCGUGAAAUUGAGAUGUAUCUGUUCCAGGAGCGCCAGCUGGCCAAGUGUGAGAUCAGGACCUUUUGGAUUGAUCACGAGCAUGAUGAAAUCGAAAUUUUCAAUCAAAAUGAUUAUAUAAUCUUCCUGGACAAACGCGUGCAGAAUAUGCACCUUCAGAUUGCACCGCUUGUCCCUGUGGUGGAGGAAGCGCAAAAGGCAGCCACCACAGCUGCUGCCCCCUCUGCUGAUGACCCAAGCAAUUUCAUCAUCCAUGACACCGUUGAGUGUGACGGCUGUGGGCUGUCGCCAGUGGUUGGAUUCCGCUACAAGUGUGUCCAAUGCCCGAACUUUGACCUUUGCCAACGCUGUGAGGCAGCUCACAAGCAUCCAGAGCACUUGAUGGUCCGCAUGCCCACCAAUAAUGGACCAAGUGUGGUGGAGGCUUGGAUAAGUGGCGCAAAUUCAAGAUGUGGCCGGCGCUCGGGCCACCGCUUCCGCGGACACUGCCCAUUCGGAGAGGUUGCCCAGGCAGCCACAGCUGCUCCAGCAGCAACAGCUGAAUCGCCAAGGGAGAGUCGCCGCGAGCGCCGACAUGCCCGCCGCCAUGGCAGCGUAUUGUCACAGUUUGUGGACAUGAUGGUCAACAUGCCGGAGAACACCACUCGAGCGGCCGAACCACAACAGCAAAAGGAGGAGUCAACUACUGCGGAGCCAACAGCAACGGCACAAAAGGCAACCGAGACCGAUUCAAAGCCAACUGAAAACAAGGAGACCAGCACUGCUCCAGCUGCUCCAACCAAGACCGAAGAGCCAGUGGCUGCUCCACGCACUAAGGAGUCAGAGUCAUCGCAGGUCGGGUCACAGGCCAGCACUCCCACUACACCAGUUAUUAAUCUGGACAGUCUGUCGCAGAUGGUGCCACCCGAAUACAUGCGUGCGGGCAUUGAAAUCUUGAAUAAUUUCAGCGAAAUGUUUGCCAAGAUGAUCGAUCCCACUGAGUCGCCAAAUUCCGGAAGCUAUGCAGCCUCGACAGCUUCUUCCACUGAGGCAAGAAAACCAGCCUCGACAGCUUCAUCCACUGAGGCCAAGAAACCAGAUGAGCCGGCAGCCAAGCAGGCUGAAUCCGCUAACCAAUCAACAGCAGCAUCUUCUGUCUCGUCGUCAGGUGUGGCUUCGCUUGAAACGGAACCCUUGCUGCCCAAGACAACUGACACUAAAGUGACCGGCGAGCCGGUGGAGGAGCGCCGCUCAGAGAGUUUGGAUCCCGACUGGCAAGUGAUUGAUUCGCUCAUCACUCUGGACCCUAUCGAGCCGGCUGUUGCACCACAACAGCAACAGCCUGUGCGUGAUUUCGGUCAGUUGGGGGAGCUUCUGCGUCAGCAUAUGCAAGAGGAAGAGCACCGCGAGCAGGCCACAGCGAACACCCAGACUUCUCAAGUUGAUACGGUGAGCACCUCGACUUCCACAUCGGUUACCACCAAUAGCAUCGGCACCUCUCCAGCCGCGCCCGCUGCACCCGAAGAAAAGCGCACUCCGAUAGUCUAUCACACCGAUGAACGCAUCAACGACUCCAUACACGCCAUGAUGGCAAUGGGCUUCAGCAAUGAGGGCGCCUGGUUGACACAGCUACUGGAGUCGGUCCAGGGCAAUAUACCAGCUGCUCUUGACAUUAUGCACAAUUCACAGAGUCGCAACUAAAUAUACAUAUAUUUUAAAUAAAUAAUUAUAAUCGUAUAUUCAAUAGCUUUAGCAUCCAUUCAAAAAAGUAGUUCUAGGAUUUGGUCCUUUUGGUGUUUGAUUAACAACAACAACAAUAUAUAGAGAAUGUUAUGUAUUUUAUCUUUAAAAUAAUCAAAAGUAUAUUAUCACAUGCAGCACUGUAUAA